GGGGACAGGCGGAAAGGUGGGGGGGGGUUCCGCCGAACUCCCGGUCGAAGAAGAACGCGGAGGGAGGGAUGUCGCGCGCGGGGCUGCUGUGUCGGUUGGGCUCGCGGCUGCUGGCUUCGGGAGCAGGGAUUCGGAGCGGUGGUCUAUGGUGUGUCACAAGUAGGCAUAUUACUGACAAUAGCACAUGGUGGGAUGAGCACCUUUCAAAAGAGAAUUUCGAGUUCCUUAAGAAGUAUACAGCGGAAGAAUUCAAAGCUCAAACAGCCAGUAAACUCUGUCCACUAAAAGAUGAACCCUGGCCUUUGCAUCCAUGGGAGCCAGGUUCUAAAAGAGUUGGACUUAUCGCAGUAAAGUUGGGGAUGAUGCCAUUGUGGACCAAGAAAGGUGAAAAAGUGCCUGUCACAUUACUUCAGGUUAGAGACUGCCAUGUAUUAAAACAUAUACCGAAGGAAGAAAAGGGCGGAAAAGAUCCCUUUCUGCUUGUUGGAGGAAAAAAUGUUUCGCAGUUUUAUAAAGGUAGCGAAAUGAUGGAGUUGUACAGAACCGUUGGCAUCCCGCCAAAGGAGAAGAUUUCAACAUUUAGAGUGUCGGAAAAUGCCCUCAUUAAGCCAGGUACUCCCCUGUAUGCUGCUCACUUCCGCCCUGGACAAUAUGUGGAUGUCACUGCAAAAACAAUUGGCAAAGGCUUCCAAGGAGUCAUGAAAAGAUGGGGUUUUAAAGGUCAGCCUGCUACCCAUGGCCAGACUAAAACACACAGACGACCUGGAGCCAUUUCCAAUAGUAAGGUUGGAAAGGUUUUCAAGGGAAAGAAAAUGCCAGGGCGGAUGGGAAAUGUCUUCAGAACAGCAUCAGGACUAAAGGUGUGGCGGAUCAAUGUGAAGCACAAUAUCAUUUAUGUACACGGUUGUGUCCCAGGUCAUAAAAACUGUUUAGUAAAGGUCAAGGAUUCAUCUUUACCAUCUCACAAAGAUGACUGCAAGAAUUCACCAUUCCCAACUUAUUUCGCUGAUGGCGAAGAGCAGCUACCUGAUGAGCUGUUUGAUGAGGAAAUUUUUCAAUUCACUGAGCCCUCCAUAACAUUCACUUAACUAUUGACAUCCUGAUGUGCAGGCAGCCUUCCCGUCAAAAAUGUCGGUCCGAAGACGGAAAGCAGGACAAUCCUCCCAAAAAAGUAUCACCUGGCACCAGCCUGCUCACAUGACUCUGGACAACCAGUUAUUUUUGUUAAGAGUUUUCUUAACCAAAGGAUGAUAAGCAAAGAAAUAGUGACACAGCUGAUUGACACUUUCAAAAAAUAAUUCAUAACCUUCCAAACUGAUAAUACAUGUGUGUGUUUAUAUUUAGUGUAUAUUUACCUCUAUCAUGUUAUGAAACAGAUACAUGUCUUUUCCUUUCUUCAGCAGAAAAUUGGCGGUUAUUUGCUUAAUAUAAAAAAUACCACUUUUUAGGUUCAUUCUGCCCUGUGCGUGAGCAGUUUGGAGACACACAGGCUAUGCGUGGUUCAAGAGACCCUUAUCACCUGCAUCGUAGGAAGCCCCACACUCCCAGUGGUGGCUUCCUUGACUGUCCCUAAUACAGCUGAUCUGACAGCCAGCAAGACGAGUCAUUUUUUUAAUGGUACAUCUGUAUUGGCAUCGGCUGUCGAGAGUUGCUGGAGGGAAACCCACAGAGAAGGCAAAUCCAGUGUCUGCUGUUCACAUACAUCUACAUAAACAAAUCCAGGGAUCCUUGCAUAUUCAACAACAAGGAUGCAAUGAAUAAGAGUGAUAAAGAAUUUCUUUCCAAUUUCUCCCAGUUCAGACUGAAGUAUAUAUGGUGCUCUGCGUUUUCAGGAACUUAACUGAGCAAUUCCUCUCUUCUGAUGUCCCCUAGCAACAGGAGCAGGGAAAGAGUUGGUUUUUUAAAAAAUAGUCAAGUUUGCCUGUUUGCAGUUCACUCUAAGCGCUUCAGAUGGCAAUCCUGGCUACCCUCAAUUACCUGAAGAUUGCUCUCAUAGGAGAGAAAGCAAUUGUUCUCCAUCAGUGCUCAUCUCUAACUCCCAAAUCUGUCACAUUAAUAAAUGUCCAAGCUGUCUGCUUUGA